AUGGAGGGGCAUGCUUCGAACGUUAAGUGCACAGGAAAGGAGUGGAAGAGGAGUAACGAUGAUGAUGACUCGAAAAAGGACGACAAAUUAAAGUUUUUAAUUGAGGGGAAAAUGGUAGAGACAAAUGAUGCAGUUGAUUUUAUAAAACCAUUAAAAGAUGAUAUAAAGGCAUUAGACUUUUUAUUAUUUGAUAUGUUAAAAGAUAAUUUACCUAAUAAAUUAUUUGAAAUAUUAUGUACAAUUCAUGAUUUAUCAGAGAAUUAUAGUGUAAACCCAACAGAUGAAAAUUUCAAUUUACUAAAAAACAGAAUAUAUAGUUUAGAGGAUGAAUACUUAGGAACUAUUGUAAAUGCAUUUGGUCAUAUGUGUAUCUUGUCUAAUUUUGCCGAGUGGGCUCAUAGAGGUAGAAGAAGAAAAGCGUUUGAAAAAUCUUUUACUCCAAAUGAUAAAAUAUAUGGUUCAGUAUAUGAAACGUUAAAAGGAACAUUUAAUAUUUUAAUUAAUAAAGGUUUUAAUAUUAAUGAUAUAUAUGAACAGUUAUGUAAUCAGUGUAUAGAAUUUGUAUUAACUACUCAUCCCACACAAGCAAUUAGGACUUCUCUUUUAAAAAAUUAUAUACAGUUAGGAGAGUUAUUAUUAAAAUUAGAUAAAACAGAUAAAGAACUAUAUAAAAAGAAACUACUGUAUGAUAAUUUAAAAACCUAUUUAUUAGCAUCAUGGAAGACAGAUGUGAUAAGAAGAAUAAAACCGACACCUAUUGAUGAAGCUAUAUCGUUAGUAGACAUAGUAGAAAAUUGUAUUUUUUACCGUAUACCAAAUAUUAUAAGAUAUAUUGACAAUGUAUUAUUUGAAUAUAAUAUGCCACCACUUAAAUUAACUGCAAAAAUAUGUUUAUUUUCUUCAUGGGCUGGUGGUGAUAGGGAUGGUAAUCCAUACGUAUUACCAGAAACAACUAGAUAUGUAUGUUAUAUGAACAAAAUAAGGGGUUGUGAAUUAUUUAUUCCUAUGAUUGAAAAUUUGAUUAGAGACUUAACAUUACAUCAUUGUAGUCAGAAGUUUAGAAAUUAUGUAAAAAGUUUAGAACAAGAUGUGUCUGAUUACAUAUUUGAUAAGGAUAAUAAAUAUUUGGCAAAAAAAUUUCAAUGGUUUUCUCCUUUUUCUAAAUCCAAUAAAAAAGAAAUAUAUAGAAGAGCAUUAUUAGUAGUUUGGGCUAAAUUAAAAAGUGUAAUUCAUGUAUACAAAGCGUUAAUAGCUCGACAAACAGUAGAUGAGGAUUUUGAAAAAUUAAUGUUUACCAAUUCUGACGAAUUUGAAGAAAUAUUACUGGAAUGUUAUAAAAGCUUAGUGGAUUCUGGAAAUACAUUAAUAGCAGAGGGGUACCUAAAGGAUGUAAUUAGAAAUGUAAAAAUUUUUGGUCUUCAUUUAAUGAAAUUAGAUAUAAGACAGGAAUCAGAAAAACAUAUAAUCGCCAUGAAUUAUAUAUGUGAAAAAUUGAAUAUAAAGAAAUAUUCUCUCUUAGAUGAAGAGGAAAGAAUAAAAUUUUUGACCGAAAUAUUGCAAUCGAAUAGGCCAUUGAUCCCGAGUAAUAUACAACAAGAAGAGGAUGUACCAAACGACUUUCUUAACGUGAUAAACACAUUUGAUGUGUGUUCACAAAUAGAGGAGAGUGCAUUAGGUGCAUAUAUAGUAUCUAUGUGUAACCAAGCAUCUGAUAUACUACUAGUAGAAACAUUUCAAAAGGAAAUGAAAAAAAGUAAACAGAGAAAAACACAGCGUGUUGUUCCAUUAUUAGAAACAAUUCAGUCUUUACAAACUUCAUCUAUUAUUUUAGAAAAUUUGUUAAAAAACGAUUGGUAUCGGAAUCAUUUAAGUCUAAAUUUUGAAAACAAACAAGAAAUUAUGAUAGGCUAUUCUGAUUCUGGAAAAGAUGGUGGUAGAUUAACAUCGGCAUGGGAAUUAUUUAAAGCACAAGAGAAAUUGGUGCAUAUAGGAAAAAAGUAUUCAAUAGAAAUUCGUUUUUUCCACGGUCGAGGAGGAAGUGUAAGUAGAGGUGGAGGUCCACAACAUCUAGCUAUACUGUCACAACCAAUUGAUACGAUAAAAAAUUUUUUAAGAGUAACUAUACAAGGUGAAGUCAUCACUCAGGAUUUCUGUUUAAAGGGGAUGAUGUUACGAUCAAUUGAAACAUAUAUAAGUGCAAUUUUAAAAUGUUCUCUAUUACAAAAUACAGUGUUAAUUAAAAAUGAAUGGAGAGAAAUAAUGGAUGAAGUAAGUGAAUUAACUAGAAAGGAAUACAGAAAAGUAGUAUAUGAAAAUAAAGAUUUUGUAAAAUAUUUCAGAUCAGCUACACCUCAAGUCGAAAUAGGAAAAUUAAAUUUAGGUUCAAGGCCAUCUAAAAGAAAAGAAGGAAAUGUAGAAUCGUUAAGAGCAAUCCCUUGGGUCUUUUCAUGGACACAAAAUAGAAUGCAUUUAUCUGUAUGGUUAGGUAUAGAAGAAGUAUAUGAUUACCUUAUGAAAAAUAAUAAUAAAUUAGGUAUUAUUCAAGAUAUGUAUAAAAAUUGGCCAUUCUUUACUAGCUUUUUUAAUUUAAUUAGUAUGGUUAUGGCAAAGGCUAGUUUACAAAUAGCAGAAGAAUAUGAUAUUCUUGUUCCAAAGGAGUUAAAAUAUAUAGGAGUAAUGUUAAGGGAGAAAUUAAAAAAAUCUAUGGAUCUAACUUUUCUUGUCACUAAUGAAAAAACUUUUUGUGAUAACGACCAGCUCACUAAGAGAUCUAUCGAAAGUAGAACCAAAUGGGUGGCUGUUUGCAAUUUGAUACAAAUACAAGCACUUAAAAGGUUGCGCGAGAGGGAACACAAAAUGAAUAUUAUGGUGGGCAGAAAACAUGCGCAAAGCAGUGUAUGCUGCAAAGAUGGAAGUGGAAACACUGGAAGCGGUGGUAACACGGAGGAACACAACCCACACGUAUCAUUAUCCCAUUAUGCAUUGUUAAAUAAAAAAAAAGAGGAUGAACAGAAUAGUGAACAGGAAAGCAAAAAAAAAGAUAACCUAACAAGUAGCACUAAGGAAAAUUCCAACUAUAACCAUAACUGUAACUGUAACUCCACGUGCCACUACAAUUCGCUCGCGAAUUCUAACUUUAUCAGAUUGUCCUCUAUUAACACAAUUGAAAAAAUUAAAUAUCGUAUGAGUCGACAUAGCACUUCACGUAUACAUUCUUAUUUAGUCAGAAAAAAAAGCAAGUUAAUGAAAAAUCCAAAAUUCCACCCACUACUUGUAUCCUACUCAUCUACAAACCUACAGAGUGAACCAGAAAAUGAUAUUCUUUAUGAUGAAUUCAGAGGCAUAGAUUAUAGGUAUGAGAGAAAUUCGUCUAAAGGCAAUGAUUAUACUUACGAUGAAGCGACAAAAAAGUUCAUAGAUUAUACUUCUCUCAAUGAUGCUCUAAUAGUUUCCAUAAAGGCCAUAGCUGCGGGCAUGCAGAAUACUGGCUGA